AUGUGGUCCUCGCCCACAACAAGAACCUUAUAAUUCCCUUCCCAAUCAGUUUAUGCGAAUACCCACAGAAAAGAAAGAGAACUAGGAGAUCGAUCGGUAUUUGCUGGAGGUGCGGGAGAAUACAGAGAAGAGAGAACUGAAACUGAUUUUGGGUUGUCGUCUCUGAAUUUUCUUUUCUUCUGAGUGAUGGGUGAGAGCUGCCGGUGCUCCCACACUUCUCACAUCACCCAAAUCAUCAUCACCAGCUUUUUCCGCCAUAAAUCUUAGAUCGUAUGUCUGUAUGAUGGCAGCUUGAAAAUCCCUUAUCUUUUUUCAGCUGGUGGGUUUGAUAGUAGAUGGCGGCUGCCGGCGAAGGUGGUUGUGUUGGUGGUUCUCGUUCCGAUCUGUCUGUUUUUAUUACAACCAAAACUAAAAGGAGUCCCUGUCCUCCUCAGACUCUUGAUGCCUUUUUCGUUUCUGCCCCUUCUCCUUUUCUUGGCCCAAGAUCCAUGGUUAGCUUUCAAGAUGUUCGAGAGAACAGAUCCCCCAAGUCAUUUUACAGUCCGUAUGAUUUUAGGGAAAAUGGAGAUGAUGAAUGGGACGAGUAUUUUCAUCAACCGGAAAAGAAGAGGCGGCUUAGUGUAGAUCAAGUCCAGUUUCUAGAGAAAAGUUUCAAUUUGGAGAACAAGCUUGAACCCGAAAGGAAAGUCCAGCUCGCAAAGGACCUUGGCUUGCAGCCUCGUCAGAUUGCAAUUUGGUUCCAAAACCGUCGCGCAAGGUGCAAGUCGAAACAGCUUGAGAAGGAUUUUGAUGCAUUGCAAGAUAGCUAUAACAGCCUCAAGGCCGAGUAUGACAACCUUCUAAACGCGAAGGAUAAGCUAAAAGCCGAGGUUAACAACCUCACAGGGAAGCUGCUUCUGAAAGAAAAAUAUAUGGGUCAUGCAGCAGAAUCAUCUGAAUUGAAUCCCUUAUCUGAAGAGCCACCACAAAAGCCGAUUUCCGAUUUGGUUUCUGAGGGUGAAGUAUCCAAAGUUUCAAUUCCGGCCUUCACACAUGAAGAGAUUAGUUCAGCCAAAAGUGGCACAUUUGAUUCAGACAGCCCACAUUACAAUGAUGGGAUUCAUUCUUCAGUCUUGGAGACUGGUGUUACAUCAAAUGUCUUCGAACCGGAGCAGUCGGAUUUAUCGCAGGAUGAGGAAGAGAACUUUGGCAACAGCCUGUUGCCUCCUCCACACAUCUUUCCAAAGCUCGAGGACAUCGACUACUCCGACGACUCACCAGCAAAUCCAUGCAACUUUGGAUUCCCUGUUGAAGAUCAUGCUGCCUUAUGGUGCUGGUCUUACUGAGUAGUGUUUGGUAUAUAUAUAUAUAUAUAUAUAUAUCUGUACUACUGUAUUGUCGCUCUUUCGAAUAAAAUGAACCGCAUCGAUCCCAAUUCCAAAUGUGGAGUUGGGUGUUGGUUGGAAAUGGUGGUCUAUGCCUCUUGUAAUGUUGUUCUGUAUUUUUCUACUAAGAUCUUGUUUAUCUGGAUUGUUAAUAAAUAAUAAUCUCUCUUCUGUGGAAAGUUUUAUUU